AUGGAAGUGCGCGUCGAACUAAUGUUGUGCUUGUUGCUCUUGGUAGGCUGGGGCUCCUGCAAUCCUAGGGGUCGUCUUAAGGAGAACCUUUCGCUACUUCCGGCUGCAGUGGAGAAAAACACCAAAAUUGUCGGUGGGUACGAUGCUCGGAUCGAAGAGUUCCCUCACCAGUUAUCCCUGCGUCGACGAGGUGUUCACGGCUGCGGAGCAUCGAUUGUUGCCUUGCGCUGGGCAUUAUCAGCAGCCCACUGCACGUUCCCAGUUCCGGAGCAGGAUGUGCUAACGCUACGAGCUGGUAGCGCCAAUCGCUUAGCCGGCGGAACCAUCUAUGGAGUGGAGCAAAUCAUCAACCAUCCUCUUUACAGUGACUACACGAUGGAGUUUGACGUUAGCCUUCUACGUGUCGGUUCGGACUUAGUAGGCCAAUUUAUCACGUCAGUAACCUUACCCCCGGCGACGAGCGGGUACGCUCCCGGUACGAGGGCAAAUGUUUCGGGUUGGGGGCUUCAGACCGUCCCAGGCACGCUACCCGUUCAGCUACAAUGGAUCGACGUACCCCUGAUAAGUACCGAGGAGUGUCGCAACUACUGGCCUUCAGACUGGAUCACAGAAGAAAUGCUGUGCGCCGGCGAACUCAGUCGUGAUACUUGCAACGGAGACAGUGGCGAUCCACUAGUAGUUCACGGAUACCAAAUGGGCGUCUCGUCCUGGGGGUCGAACGAUUGUUCCGGUAGACUGCCGGCAAUAUACGCCAGCACCGCGCAUCCGACAAUCCGCAGCUUCAUUCAGGAACACACGGGCGUUUAA